AUGCCACCGCCUCUCCGCCUCGCAGGCCUGCACUGCGCCAUAGUCGGCGGCACCGGCGUCAUCGGCGCCUCCAUUGCGAAAGCCUUUGCCCAUCAGGGCGCCGCCGUCACCAUCCUCGGCCGCCGCGCCCUGCAGCUCCGCCCCCAGCUCGAGCCCGAGCUGCCCCCUUGCGAGCCCGACUCGGCCCAGCCAGGAACGCCCUCGUCCCAUCGCUUCAUCUGUCUCGAUGUCGGCGAUCACGCAGACAUCAAAAGCAUCUUUGCCCCGUCUCGCCUUUUCGAGUCAAAGGCCCACCCACCCCGGGCCGAGGCGGCCGAGUUCCUCGAGCAUGAGACCGUGGGGCCGCUGGACGUCUUGGUCAACUGCGCCGGCGUCGCGCAUACGUCGCUCUUGAAGCGGACCUCUGACUACGACCUCGCAGGCAUUGUCGACACCAAUCUGGUGGCUGCAAUGGUCAUUAGCAAGUACGCCAUGAUCCGCCCUCACGGCUCCAUUAUCAAUGUCUCUAGUCUCAUGGCAAACAAGGGCGGCCUCGGCGCCACUGCUUACGCAGCUUCCAAGGCCGGUCUCGUAGCUUUCACACGGGCUCUCUCCCUCGAAAUGGCCGCCAAGUCAGUCCGUGUCAAUGCCCUGUUGCCAGGAUGGGUCGAUAGCCAGAUGUGGACUGACCUGAAGCCCGAGCUAAAGGAGGCAUAUCUCAAAGCCACGCCCCUCGGGCGCGUAGGAGACCCGUCAGAGGUUGCCCACGCUGCCCUUUUUCUCGCCGCAAAUCGGUUCGCCAACAAUUGCGUCCUCAACCUCGACGGCGGGUUGAGCGCAUCUUGA